AUGAGCUCCCCCGAAGCAGCCGGCGAGAAGCGCGGGAAGAAGAAGGUAGACAUGAUCAAGCGCGGAAGCUACAAUCCCACUCCCUUGGGCAAAGCUGUCUUUGUCGGUCUUCGCGCCCUCGAUCCAAUCCUCCAGUACGGCAUUCUGGCGCGUGGCCUUGGAUCAGGCCUCCUGCAGAAGCUGGGCCUCAACGUGCUGCCUCAGGGCCUGCCGACGCAAACUGGCACUCCCAUCGAUGCGCUCGGCCUCUCGCCUUACAGGCUCAUACUGUUGUCCAUGGCCGUGGGCAGCAUGCUGAAACAGAACUACUGGCUGCUGGCUAUAAGCGCCGAAGAGAUGCCUCCCUCCUCGGCUGUACUUAUUGCGAUCUUCAACACUGUCGCCAACUCCCUGAAUACCCUCGGCUUCAUUUGCGCCGCGACGUCCGCGUCUCUCAACUCCGGCUCCACGUUCCCCCAAGCGUCUCUUAUCGUUGGCAGCACUAUGUACGUUGUUGGCAUUGCGCUGGAACUGAUCAGUGAGAUUCAGCGGAGCAACUUCAAGAAAGACCCGAAGAAUAAGGGCAAGGCAUAUACGGGCGGCCUCUGGAGCUGGGCAAGACACAUCAACUAUGGCGGAUACUCGCUUUGGAGGGGAGGAUUUGCGCUCGCUGCUGCUGGGUGGACAUGGGGAGCGAUCGUGCUCGGCUUCUUCUUGUAUGACUUCACGAAUAGGGCCAUCCCGGUGCUUGACGACUACUGCAGCAAAAGGUAUGGCGAUGCUUGGACCGAGUUCAAGAAGAAGACGCCGUACCAGAUACUUCCCUUCAUCUACUAG